AUGGGGAACUGUUUUAGUAGUGCAGGAGAAAAGGAUUCUAAAAACAAAAAUGAACGGGUGAAUACCCAUGAAGAGGAUCCAAGACAAUUUCAAACACCGGUGCCUACUCCUCCUCCGGAUCCGAUAAGAUCUGUUGUGAAUCAGGGCCCUGAUACUAGCGAGGUCGCUCCCACCCGAAUAUUUGUUGCCCUUUACGACUACGAUGCCAGAACCGAUGAGGACCUUAGUUUUAGAAAGGGUGAACAUUUAGAAAUUCUUAAUGAUACACAAGGUGACUGGUGGUUAGCCAGAAGCAAGAAAACAAAACAAGAAGGUUACAUUCCCUCAAACUAUGUCGCUCGUUUGCAGUCGAUAGAAGCCGAGCCGUGA